GCCGGAGCUCCGCAUGGAGGAGAUGUGAGUGGGUAAUGGAACAGUCAAUCACGGAGAUGGCAGCACCGUUUCCGCCGUCAGUCACGGAGCAGCGGCGGAAAGUUAGACGCGAGUGAGUGAGACAGAGAGAGACAGACAGACAGGGGGAGAGAGAGACACGGAGACUCCGGAGAUGGCGCAGAGUGCGGCCGCUCGUUGAAAUUAGUGCACAGCGCCUGAUGCCCAUGGCUAUGUAUGAUGAAGAUAUUUCGAGAAAUCCUUUCUAUUUAGCUCUUCAGAAGCAAAAGCCAAAUGCCUCCAACCGUGUAGCGGAACUACACGGGAUUGUGCUGGUGCCAUGUAAAGCUAGCUUGUCACGAGGCAGCCUUGCUGCGGCCCACUUUGAGUCUUACGUCCUGCAUCCUGUCGACGAAGCUGGUAGUGCUUAUAAGACGUUAAAUGGAAAAGAAGUAACAAUCAGAGGAAACCUAAUUAACCUCGGUGUUGGUUUUAACUCACCAUGUACAAUACCUGUCCUUUUUGAAGAAACUUUCUACAACGUGAAAGAAGAAAGUUUCAGUGUACUAUGUAUUGCCCGACCAUUGGAAAAGAAAUCCUAUCCAGAAGAAAAUCCUUCAUCUUUCGAUUCCUACUGCCUAAAAAACUUUGAAGAUGCCAAAGAAUUUUUGGGUGGGCAGUUAUUCAAAGUGGAUAAGUACAUUGGUGCUUUCCGGAACUCAUUUACAGAGCUUGAAAUGAAAAGUCUCCGGCAUCAUAUAGAUGAAGUAAAUGCACUCUAUACAAAAUGCCUUCAGAAUCUUCUGAGAGACUCAAGAUUGAAAAUCUUGAUAAAGCAGGAGGUGCAAAUGGCCUUGCUGAAACAAGCCGUUGAGAUGUAUGUACUACAUGGUAUCCAUGAUCAGAUUUUUAAGAGUGUGGGAACUAUCGAGGCCGGUCCGGAUGCUGCUUUUAAUAAAACUACCCGAAGUUUACAAGACCUUCAACUGAAAGAUUUAGGAAUCAAGUCACAAUUCAGUAUAAAUAUACCUCGUGCCAAGAGGGAGUUGAGUCAGCUGAAUCAGUGCACCAGUCCGCAGCACAAACUGAUCUGUUUACGGAAUGUGAUACAUGUGGUUAUGCAGUCCCCCAGUCACAGAGUUAAUAAACAUUUUAUGUCUGCUGAUGACCUGCUCCCCGUGCUGCUUUAUUUACUUGUCAAAACAGAAAUCCCUAACUGGAUGGCUAACCUCAGUUACAUCAAGAAUUUCCGAUUUUGCAGCCCAGUUAAGGACGAGCUGGGAUACUGUUUAACUUCGUUUGAAGCUGCAGUGGAGUAUAUUCAUCAGGGCAACCUGAGUCUUGGUCAGCCUGGAUCAGGUGAACUAAAUGAUAAAGCAUUUUUCAGAGAAAGAAUGAACUUGCUGUACCAGCCACCAUCAGCUCCAAUAGAUAUUUUAUUUGAGCACAUUGCAGCUGGUAACCAGGCAGAGGUUGAAGCAUUGUUGAGUGAAGGAGAAACGUACGAGGACUGUGUUCAAAAGAUGUGCCAUCCUCUCUGCUUUUGUGACAGCUGUGAAAAGCUUGUGUCAGGUAGGAUGAAUGACCCAUCGAUAGUCACUCCAUCGUCCAGAGAUGACCGGGGAUAUACGCCUUUACACGUGGCUGCUUUCUGCGGUCAGCCAAUGAUGAUUGAUGUAUUGGCAUGUAAAGGAGGUGCAGUUAAUGCUACAGACUAUCAUGGAUCCACCCCACUUCACCUAUCCUGUCAAAAAGGCUAUCAAAAUGUCACUUUACUACUUCUGGAUUACAAGGCCAGCACUGUGGUACAAGAUAAUAAUGGAAAUACAGCACUUCAUUUGGCUUGCAUGCAUGGUCAUGAAGAUUGUGUCAAAGCUUUGGUAUAUUACCAAUUAUACACCUGUAACUUGGACAUGACAAAUGACAAGGGGGACACUCCUCUCCACGUCGCAGCUCGAUGGGGAUACGAUGGCAUCAUUCAGGUUCUGCUGGAGAAUGGAGCUAAUACUGAAAUUCAGAACAAGAUGAAAGAUACACCAUGGCAUUGUGCACUCAACUCCAAGAUACUAGAUUUGCUGGAAAUAACCUGCAUUAAUACUGACAGACAACAGAGUAAGCAAGAGUCUGUUAGCAGGUCUCCACAGUCUUCCACUGAUGCUGGCAGUCAGAAGUCGACCAUUUCUACAAUCUCAUCAAUAUCGGAUGAGGUGAGGCAAGAAGAGGACAAAGGAAAGUACAAAGAGACGGAAAAGUUAUUGCGAGCGGUGGCUGAUGGAGAUGUAGAAAUGGUACGAUAUCUGUUUGAAUGGAUGGACGAAGAUCCAGAUGAGGAAGAUGGACUUGUACUGAAACCAGAAUUCUGCCACCCUUUGUGUUGGUGUCCCAAGUGUGAACCUGCACAGAAGAAACUCUCCAGUGUUACAGUAAAUGGAUUGGGUGUGAAUUCUGCCAACCAAGAUGGGUUUACUCCGUUACAUGUGGCCUCUCUGCACGGACAUAUUGACUUGGUCUCACUUCUUCUGCGCCAUGGUGCUAAUGUCAACAUGAAAAAUUCCCAUCAUUCGACCCCACUCCACCUGGCGUGCCAACACACUGACCUACAGAUAGUAAAAUACUUGCUGAAUUAUAAUGCCAAACUGAACAAGAAAGAUUUGUUUGGUAACACUCCGUUGCUGCAUGCUUGCUUUCGAGGCUAUCUGGACAUUGCUGAAUUGCUGCUGAAGCAUGGUGCCUCUGUCAAUGUGGCCAAUAACCAAGGGAAUACUGGUCUACAUGAAGCUGUGAAAGGACAGUAUCAAGCCCUGGUCCACCUGCUCAUGUCCAAUGGAGCAUCAGUCAAUUUGCGAAAUAAGCAACAGUGUACACCAGUGGACUUUGCAGAAGCAGUCUGUGGAAAGAAUGUGGAGAUUCUGAAGAUUCUGGAAACUGUGCCUGCUCGGGUAACGGAACAGGGCCAUGUGAUCGCAGUAAAUGCCGUUCGGAAGCCAAUGCCUGCAAAUGUCAAAAAGAAAUAUGAUGCACUUAAGAAGGUAGAAGCAAUUGAUGAGUCGAACGGUAAAAUACAGCUUGCACAGUCCAUACAUCAAUUUGACAAAUCCAAGAAUUUAAGAAAGACUGUGACAAGAGAUAAAAGUAUCCCUAGAUUUGAUGAACAAUUAAUCCAUGAGUUGGCAAUCAAGACUUUUGACAAAGGAACAUUGAAGCACAUCGAGGCAGAAGGUCAAAGUGGAUCGUCACUUUUUAUUUCUGAUGUUGAACUUGAAACUGGGAGAGAGAGACUGCCAAUAAUAACCAUCAGCAAGAUGGAUUAUCCAGGCAAGAUACACCCGCGUUUACCUGAUGAAGCGGAUGAUGUUAAUGGCAACAAUGAAUUUGUGGCAAAGUUUGGAGAAUUUUGUAAUCAUUCACAAGAUAUUGAAACAUCUCGAGAUGCAAAGAUAGACAGACACAGCACUUCAAGUUUUCCUGAAACUAAAAAGUAACAGGUGCUUCAAAACAGUGAUGAUAUCCAACAUGUUGUUGAUUUCUUCAGUACCUUAAAAAAAAAAAGGACUGUGCCUCCUGUUAUCUACUUCAGUCAUCUAACCAGUUCAAAACUGAAUCUUUGGAUGAAGAUCAUCAGAAUCCAUGGAGAAGCAUGCCCACUGUGAGGUCGCAAAGGGAAAAGCACUUAAGACCAAAAGAAUAUAGAUAUUACAGUAGCAAUAUUUUAUUUUGCACUUGAAUAGGGAAAUGGAGCUUCAUCAAUAGGCUGCUAUGUGGUAUUGCAAGCCCUGUAUUGUGUAUAUGUAUAUAACUAUUCUUCACUCACAAUUAUUGAUAGUUUUUAACAAAAAGACCACUUGAACCUAUCAAAAAUGUAUUUUUUAACCUCUUGCCAAUCUUCCUGUCGAGCUUCUUUCUGUUGAUGUCUGUGUUUUUGAAGGGAAAUUUCUAUAAUGAUGUGUGCCUUACAUUUAAUUUAUAUAUGUGCAUAAGCAAUGUGGCUUCUUACGAGAUUAAAUAUUCAAAAAUAAAA